CACUUCCUCACGAAAUUAAAUUGCACUUGACCGCAUUUGAUUGGUUAUAAAAGUAGAUAACUCUAUUUAUAUCGACCAUACCCAAUGCCCGUCAAGUCCCCCAAUUAGGGUUUUCAGUUCUUGGUCUUCCUUGCUCUUUUGACCUCCGAUAAAAAAUCAACAAAACCCUUCUCCUUGAUCCGAUCAUAUCACCAUGACAGGGAAGGCGAAGCCCAAGAAGCACACAGCGAAGGAGAUUGCUGCCAAGAUUGAUGCGGCAACCACCAACCGCGGCGGCGGAAAGGCUGGCAUGGCUGAUCGCACCGGCAUCGAGAAAGGUGGUCACGCAAAAUACGAGUGUCCGCACUGCAAGACGACCGCACCUGAUUUGAAAUCGAUGCAGAUUCAUCACGAGGCUCGACACCCGAAGCUUCCAUACGAAGAGGACAAGCUUAUAAAUCGUCACGCGGCCCUUGCCGUCGAGACUUCUAAGGGUCGCCCUGGUAUUCGUGGUAGCCUCAAGAAGUAAAUUUGACUGUAUUUGGGUUUAUCUAUAAUCAUGAUAUUAUGUCAACAAAAGGGUAUUCAAUAUAUGGGUAUGAGUACCGUGGGGUUUAGUUGUUUGGGCUAUUGGGUUUCUCUUUGUUUGUUUCUCUGGUAUCUCUCUUUAGCUGUUACUAGUAAUUGUUAAGAACAAAGUCCAAAAAGGGGUUUGGUUAAAUCUUUCCCCUUUUUGUAAUUUAUGGUCAUCUUUCAUGUAUAUUAUAAUCAUUAUCCUUUUCUAUGAAUAUGACGAUGACUUUGCAGCCGCCGGCUCAUCUUAUGCCA